AUGAAAAGAAUAAAACAUCAUCUCAAGUUGUUGGCACAAAUUCCCCUAGCUCAGACACAGAAAUUCUGCAGAUGUUUCUGUCGGGGCACUCAACUUUCUCCUAACCAUAAUGAUUCGUCGGAUGAUUUUGCUGUGGUUUCACCAAGAAUCCAACUCAGAGAUGGGAGGCACCUUGCCUAUGUUGAGAGAGGCGUUCCCAAAGACAUAGCAAAAUACAAGAUCAUCAUCGUGCACGGCUUUGGAAGCUCCAAAGACAUGAAUUUUCUGGCACCCCAAGAACUAAUAGAUGAGUUGGGAAUAUACAUUCUGCAAUAUGAUCGAGCUGGAUAUGGAGGAAGUGAUCCAAAUCCCAAACGUUCACUGAAGAGUGAAGCACUUGACAUUCAAGAGCUCGCUGAUAAGCUAUUUUUAGGACCACAAUUUUACGUGAUUGGAGUCUCAAUGGGUUCAUACGCCACGUGGAGUUGUCUGAAGUAUUUGCCUCAGAGGCUUGCAGGAUUGGCACUGAUAGCCCCAGUCAUCAAUUACAGGUGGCCUUCGUUCCCUAAGAAUCUGAUAAGAGAGGAUUACAGGAGGAAAGUAGUUCAUUGGUCUAUGUGGCUUGCAAACCACUGGCCUAGACUGUUGCAUUGGUGGGUUACUCAAAAGUGGCUUCCUUCCACUGCUGUCAUAGAAAAGAACCCUGCAUUCUUCAACAAAAGUGAUGUAGAGAUUCUAAAGACAAUCCCUGGAUUCCCCAUGUUUACCAAGGACAGUUUGAGGGAACAUGUUGUUUUUGACACUCUUCGCCAUGACUGGAGGGUGGCUUUUGGAAAAUGGGAAUUUGACCCGAUGAAGCUGAGUAAUCCAUUUCCUCAUGAUCCAAGUUCGUUUCACAUUUGGCAUGGUUUUGAAGAUAAGGUUGUGCCCUCUGAACUCCAGAGAUUUGUUUCAGAGAAGCUUCCAUGGAUACAUUACCAUGAAGUUCCAGAUGGAGGCCAUUUAAUUCUAUACUAUGGGGGCUUGUGUGAGGCCAUUUUGAGGGCACUUUUACUUGGACAAGAACAUCUUGCAUAUAAACCUAAAGCACCAUUAUUUGAAUCUUAG